CGAUAAAGCAGCAAAGUCAAGAACAUUAGAAAUUAUAUAAAAAAAAGACAGUUUUCGGAUAAAGGAGCACUUUUAGCUGGCGCUAAAAUGCAGAGGAGUAGAUUAAGAAAAAGUCAAGCUGUGAAGAAAUUGCGGGGACGUGUUGUGGGCAUCAAGGACCUCGCACAGUGGCAGAAAUUGCUCAACAAACUCGGAGACAAGUUGUUAGUAGCUCACUUCUUCGCUUCAUGGAGCUCUCCAUGCAAACAAAUGAGAUCGUUCCUCAACGAUAUCUCUUCAAGACCUGCCUACACGCACGUGGUCUUUGCUGAGCUAGACGUGGACAAUGAUGCCAUCAAGGGUAUUGCAGAGGCAGAGGACAUCGCAGCUCUGCCCACAGUGCAGUUCUGGAAGGAUGGGAAGUGUGUGGAUAUCGCAAAUGGUGGAGCUCCUAUGGUGGUCCUGGAGAGAAUUCAGAGGCAUGCAGGAGCAAGGCUUGAGACAAGAAGCGAGAGGCCGUCUUGGCAUAAGAUCGCAAAGCUUGUGGGAGCUGGAGUGGGUGUACUUGCUGCGGGCUUGUUGGGACUCCGUAUUUUAAGAGGGAGGGGAGAUGAAGAAACACGGGUUUUGCGGGAGCUGGAGAAAAUCUCUCAGCGCGUCAAGGAAUUGCGGAAGGUUUCGCCAGGGCGCCGAAGAAGGAGGAGGCGAGGGCAGCCUCGAGUGGAGCCUCUCUCAGCCGCAGAGCAAGCGGAUCUGUUCAGCAGGCAGCAGGCGUUGACGAUUAAACUGCAAAACUUGCGGCAAAAAGGGGCAGGAAGAACGGUGGACCGGCUGCCAAAUGAGCUUGCAGAUGAUGAGGAAAGUGACUUUUCCGACGAUGAGUUAUAG